GUCGACGGUCAACAUGUGGCAACAAUGCAGAGAAUGAAGAGCGGCAAGAUGGCUUCCGUACAGUUAUCUGACGACGAAAUCAGUCGCCGAAAAUUGUUGAUGGACGGAGACGGAAUGGGUGAUGACCGACGUUUAAACAUGUUAAUCAAAAUGUUCGUCAAAUGGUGUCUGACGAAAGAAGAGACGGAAGACGAGAGGAUUUUAGCCUACGAAAGACUAAAGAUGACUCUGGCCCAAUGCGAAUUCUCCAUGACCAAAUCGCAAACGGUCAUGGCCAUGAAUUACUCGGAAGUGCAAAACUACGAAGAACUCUACCACAAAAUAGAAAAGGGAAUCGCCGAAGCGCAACAGAAAAUUAUCGAUUCCAAAAGCGAAUUACAACAGGCCAAACGAAUACGUAAGAAUAAACAGGAAUACGAUGCUCUGGCCAAAGUCAUCGAAGUUCAGCCCGACAGAAAGGGAACCAUGGGAAAGUUAGAACAGCUCAACCAAGACAUCCGGGCCUUGCAAAAGAUGAAGGACGACGUCGACACCAAGUUAGAGAAGAGAAGAAAACAGUUCCAGGUUCUGCUCAGUGCCGUCUACGAAAUGCAGCAGCUGAUUAAGGAAGACGAGCCUGGAGAUUCUCAGGCCAUGGACACAUCUUAGGACUUAAAUGUUGUGCUUAUCGCCCCUGUAUUAUAAAUACAUGUAAAAUAUUCCUAAUAAAUCUUUUUAUAUUAAUUUGAGUGUCAACACAUAAUUGUGAAAUUAAUUAAGUAUGAAUGAAAGUAAAAUCAUUUACGGGCUUGUUUUUGCAAGUUAUAAUUGACCGUGCGAAUCUAAAUUUGGAAUCUUUGAGGAAACCCACAAAUAAACUUGACUUUAACUAUAAUUUUUCUUACAAGUUAGCAUUUUGGCAGACCGAAUAUUUUUUGGAAAAAUUUAUUCUGUCAUUUGCUUUAAAAUUUGUCAGAUUUUUAAUACUCUGCCCAUGAUGGACGGAAUGAGAAAAAAUAUCUUGCCUGGAAUAACUUUUAAAUAAAUGCAUUUAAAAUGGAACUUAUUAAAAAAAUUUUUUUUUUUACUUUGAGUUGAAUAGUAAAUAUCUUGUGAACGAGAGGAACUCUGGAUUAUUCUACCAAUCUAAAUGAAGGACAAAUUUAAAUCUGACAGAUGAUUUGCACUUUGUUUCUGCAUACAUGACGUGCUCUUGUUUGGAAGUUUCCAAAGGUGUCGAGAAAACCAGCUAAUAGUACUCGGGAGCCUUGUUUGGAAGUGUAGCAAACUAUAGUGAACUCUCGACGUAAACUUUGACUGAUGGCCAUAUGUAACUCGAAUGACUUUUUUAAUUCUCUUGAUUUUACCUGCUGUUGAUAGCGUAGACCGGUCUUUUAUGAUAAGCUCAAAAUUGUUUGUUUGGUUGGAGUUGGAGGUAUAUUUGCUUUCUGUGGGCACAAAACCAAUGCUGACCCAAUUAGCUAUGGGCAUAUUUGAAUAGUUCGGUGCUACCGUUCAAAAUCUUAGGAAACUUCUGGUUGCUGCUGGCAAACUGCGAGCGUCUUUUUUGGUGCUUGACAUGCUAGAAAAUGAGUUGUAGCCGCACUGACAUUUGUAAGAGCUCUACUUUCAUUGAGAAUUUUAAAUUUAAUUUAUUUGUUGUUGAAUUUACCCUAAAUAAGUUAAGAUUGGGUUAGUACAUCAAUAGACUAUUUUAAUAUAGUAUUUACAUGUGAUAUUGCAAAGGUUUUUUUAGUUGUUGAAGUAUAACCUUAGGAUUGAUUUCAUUAUGUAUUAAAUGAAUAGCCUCUUAAUUCUGUAAUAAUUCUGAUGAUUUUUUCUUAGAUUUAAACUAUGCAGAAAUAUUUGUAUGAUUUACAAUUUGGUGAAAUGAAUUCCCAAUUGGAUAUUCCACCUAAUAUAGAUCUUACAACACUAAAAACAGUAAAAAAUAUUUUGUUGUUGAACAGGAUGGUAAAUUUGGCAAGAUAUUUAUAUAAGAUUA